GCGUGAGGCGGGCGGCCGGGGCGGCGGCGGCGCCUCCUCCUCGUCGCCCCGCUGCCGGCCCGCCGCCGCCAUGGCCCCCGGGCGGCUCGGCCGCCUCAGCCUCCUGCUGCCGCUGCUGCUGCUGUGCCUCUGCGGGGAGGCCGCCGCCGGGAGGGAUUUCUACAAGAUCCUGGGGGUGUCCCGCGGCGCCUCGGUGAAGGACAUCAAGAAGGCGUACCGCAAGCUGGCGCUGCAGCUGCACCCCGACAGGAACCCCGACGACCCCCGGGCGCAGGAGAAGUUCCAGGACCUGGGAGCCGCCUACGAGGUGCUCUCGGACGAGGAGAAGAGGAAGCAGUACGACGCCUAUGGUGAGGAGGGGUUGAAGGACGGGCACCAGAGUUCCCAUGGAGACAUCUUCUCGCACUUUUUUGGGGACUUCGGGUUCAUGUUUGGAGGUAGCCCUCGCCAACAGGACAGGAACAUCCCACGGGGCAGCGACAUCAUCGUGGACCUGGAGGUUACGCUGGAGGAGGUGUAUUCAGGGAACUUUGUAGAGGUUGUUAGGAACAAGCCAGUGGCAAGGCAGGCACCUGGCAAACGGAAAUGCAACUGCCGGCAGGAGAUGAGGACCACGCAGUUGGGCCCUGGACGUUUCCAGAUGACUCAAGAAGUUGUUUGUGAUGAAUGUCCCAAUGUCAAGCUCGUGAAUGAAGAGCGAACACUAGAAGUGGAGAUAGAGCCAGGCGUGAGGGAUGGCAUGGAGUAUCCCUUCAUUGGGGAAGGUGAACCCCACGUGGAUGGGGAGCCAGGAGAUCUGCGUUUCCGAAUAAAAGUUCUUAAGCACCCAGUCUUUGAAAGAAGAGGAGAUGACUUGUAUACAAAUGUGACAAUCUCGCUGGUCGAGGCACUUACAGGUUUUGAAAUGGAUAUCACCCACUUGGAUGGGCACAAGGUCCAUGUUGCUCGGGAUAAAAUUACAAAACCUGGGGCCAAACUGUGGAAGAAGGGAGAAGGUCUUCCAAAUUUUGAUAACAAUAACAUCAAAGGCUCACUGAUAAUCACAUUUGAUGUGGAAUUCCCCAAAGAGCAGCUGACAAACGAACAGCGAGAAGGUCUCAAACAGCUGUUGAAACAAGGAUCUGUGCAGAAGGUGUACAACGGAUUGCAGGGAUAUUGAUGUGGGGGGAAGAAAAGGACUUAAAUCAAAAGUCAGAUUUGUUUGCAGUUUUUUCUCCUGCCCAUUGUAGAAUGGGAAAGAGGGAGGGUGGGGUGAUUGUUGAGGUAUGUGUGUCUUUUUUUUAAACGGUGGAAGCAUUCACAUGAGCUGGGGGGCAUACUACCCUGUUCAGGACACAAUUGGUGCUGCCUAUCCUGUUCCAUGUCCUGGAACAACAAAGACUCCUUGAGCAGGAAAAAAAAAAAAGGGGGCAAAGGAGUUUUAAAUUCCACACAGAUUGGAAUUUCUGUUUUUUAAAUAUAUUUUGAUGUGACUUUUCUUCACCAUCUCAGCAUAUUUUCAUAGCUUCUCCUGUUUUUGAUGUCCUUUGUGUCAGUCUCUUCUGAGUUUCUUUUGUAUUUUUUCUAAUCCCAGUCCUUCCCCUCUGAGUCCAGAGUGUGGUAUUGCUUCAGAGUAUGUGUUUCUGGGGCAGGAGUGCAGCUGCUGUUGGGAGUGGACUGACAGGAGGGCCUUUACAGAAUGUGUUGGACCCACACGCAGCUGGGAAGGCUGGGGAAAAAACUUUCUGAAAGAUCCUGUGGGCUCUCAUCGCUACCAAGUAGUCCUCUUGUCCCAAAAGUUAACGUUCACUUUUAGAUUCAAAGUCACAACGGUUUAGCAAAGAUUUCCUCGGACCUUCAGCGUGAAAUUUCAGGGAAAAUAAUGGGAACGGCUCCUCAUGGUCUUGGUUCCUCCCUGCCCCAAACGUAACCAGUGGCUUGUCUGGAAAUGUUCACUCACCUCCUGCACCCUGUCCUCCGUGAGGACAGGGAAGCUAACGGCGCAGAAAUAAAGAUGUUUGAGUUGGAAUGGCAAAAA